UUGUUUUUGGCGGAUGCACUUUGUGCUGUGCCAUAAGAAAGGAAAAAAAAAUACUCUAUGGCUGUUAUUUUCUGUUCCUGUAUUAAUUUUAAUGAGGGUAGAUUAAAAAUGUAAAAUUCGACCAGUUACUUCGAUCAAUUUAAUAAAUAAAUAAUAAGCUAAUAAAUAAUGGAAACAAAAAAACGAUUUUCUGCACGUAAUCUGACGAUUUUAAAGACAAUUGGAAAAGGAACUUAUGGGAAUGUAUAUUUAUGUGAAAAUAGAAUAACUGGUAAUUUAAGUAUUGUUAAAGACAUUGAAUUAAAUUUAAGAAUUCAAGACCACAUGCAGGACAUUGCAAAUGAAGCAAAAAUUUUAUCUUCAUUAAAACAUCCGAAUAUAAUUAGGUUCUAUGAUUGUUACUACACGGAUAAUUACGUUAUGAUAAAUAUGGAAUAUGCUAAUAAUGGAAAUCUAGCGGAAUACAUGUACCAACGAUUUCCGAAACUAAUGAAACAAGAAGAAAUACUUUUUUAUUUUAGCCAAGUACUAUUGGGAGUUAAUUAUAUUCAUAAUUUGAAUAUAAUUCACAGAGAUUUAAAAGCGGAGAACAUAUUAUUAAUGGGGAAGUAUGGUGUGCUGGUAAAGAUAGGCGAUUUCGGUAUUUCGAAAAUGUUAGCAAGUGCAAAAAAAACGUCUACUGUUAUUGGUACUCCGUACUAUUUGGCACCGGAACUAUGUGAGGGAAAACCUUACGACACUAAAAGUGACGUUUGGGCUCUUGGUUGCUUAUUGUACGAGAUGUGCACUCAUAAGAGAGCUUUCGAGUCCGAGACUUUGGUGGGUUUGGUUAAAGCUAUUACAACUGGGAGUGUACAUCCUAUUGACUUGUCAAUUUAUGAAAGAAGAAUGCAAGAUCUGGUAGACUCAAUGUUGUCAAUUUUACCUGAAAAACGGCCCACAAUAAAGGAUCUUAUGGGACGGAUAAUUAUACUACCUAUUAUAUAUUCAAUUUUCUUAGAUGCUGGCGAUGAGGAAUUAUUAUAUAAAAAAGCUAGUGAAAUUUUUUUAAAUAAUAAUCUAAUUGUAUGAUCUUGAAUUUUUGAUUGAAUUUGUUGAUUAUUGAAUUAAUUUUUGACUAUGAAAUAAAACAAUGACAUAUAA